CGCACAAUUCGCACUUCAUACAACAGUGCAUGUGCCCUCGAUCGCGAUCGCACAGACGUUGUUACAUAACGCUGAACUGAACAACAACAAAGUUACAGGUUAUCUUACAUUUACAAGGUGUACCGUCAAAAAUAUGAGAAUUAGGAGAAAAUGUGUCCUGUGCGAUGUAGUAAUAGACCACAUGUCUCGACAUGUCAGCCGAAAGCAUGCUGGGAUGAGCACCCUAGAAAGAACAGAAUAUAAGGAGAAGAUGCUUAGAGAGACACCUAUCCAGUGGAUAGCUAAGGAAGCCCAGAAAAAGAAGCCUAUCCUCCUGAAAUGUCCUUUGUGCUUUUCACUGGGCAUCAGGAUCGAUGGCCAUCUACUUUCGAAACACUCCAUAAAAAGAGGAUCUCGCAAAAUGAAAACUCUUCUCGCCAGGGCCAAAAAACAAGCCCGACGUUUAGCAAAUCAGGAGAAGUCACAGCAACAGCAGCAGCAAAGGUCAAGGGUCGAGGUCACUGAACCGGAGCAAGAGGUCAGGUCAAAGCAGCAGCAAAGGUCAAGGGUCGAGGUCACUAAACCGGAACAAGAGGUCAGGUCACAGCAGCAGCAAAGGUCAAGGGUUGAGGUCACAGAACCAGAGCAAGAGGUCAGGUCACAGCAACAGCAGCAAAGGUCAAGGGUCCAGGUCACUGAACCAGAGCAAGAGGUCAGGGGGCGUGUUGACACCAAUCUGAAGUUUACGGAUGAAAGCCAUGCAUAUGCAGCCUACUGCUCCAGGGUCACCUUUACAACAAGUCCGAAAGCUGCUAGUACCAGAGUAGAUAAUUCCUCAUCGACCUAUGACCUCCACCCAGUGUCAGGGGCAGGGGAGACGCUUGAUGACCCUCCACAUGUACAGAGAACCACAAAACAGAUCCAACAGAGUGGAGCAACCUCAGCCCCAAGAAUAAACAAGAGUACCUUCUUAGACAAUCUCCUCAAUGUUGUGGACAGAUACUGGAAUGGCAGCAAGUCUCUCCAUGCACAUUCCAAAUUCCAAGCUGAAGCCCAGUCACUCCUAGAGAAGCUUUUAACGCAUCACUCAGCCACCAGCCAGGAGCAUAUAGACCGGCUUCAGCUGGAGAAUGUCUCGCUUCUCACUAAACUGGGCCAACAGGCCACGGAAGCGACAGGGUUGGAACUGCAGAGAUCGUUGGAUAUAUCGCAGAGAGAUGUCGAUCAACUGUGUGUAAUUGAGCUCCAGACAGAGGAGAACAAACAGCAGCUCCAGGUCCAGCUCCAAGAGGCAAGGAGAAAGGCUGCUGCUGAUGCAUCUCAUGGAGACAUUGAAGAAUCUGUUCAGGGACAGGAGAAGCUUCUGCAAGAGAAUGAGAAGCUAAAGGUACAGCUGAAACAUGCCACUCAGCUCCAGGAGCUAGCUACUGUCCUGAAAGAAAGUCACAAAUCUUUAGUAGCCACCAAUGACCAUCUCCUCAAAGACCUUGAGGAAACCAAACAGAGGCACAUAGAAGAGGUUAAGCUGCUCCACUGGUCUUACAACCAGCUCAAACAGACCAUGGACAUCACGAUGCCCCCCACCUACGCCCCUUCCCAGACCAUCACCACCACCACCCAUCAACCCCAGGGCGGGGCAGUCAAUGGGUACGGCAGAGGGGAGGGAAGUCCUUCAAUGCAACCGGGGUGUGGUAGCUACUCUCAUGAAUUUGAAAAAUAUUUGAAGCGUUAACAAUG